AGAUCGAUUCAAAUAGAUCCAUUUUCUCGCCAAUUUAUUCCCCUUUCUUCCUCCCUCUUCUCCUUCUUCAAGGCUCGCGGCGAUCGGCUUCGGAAUAGGUCAUGGAAGACUUCCCUGCGAUCGAUGUUUCUUUCGGGGAGGAUCCAAGAGAUCGAAGCUCAUCAGGGGCUGUUGAAGGCAGUACUCCAGUGAAAGCAAACAAGCAAAUGGAAAAAUCCCUCCAACUUCCAGUGCCCUCAAACAAGCAUAAAUCAAUAUUUAGCAAAGACUACUUGGCAAAAAGUUUAGACUGGGAUAGAGAUUUCCUUACAAGUGAAGGUGUUUUGGAUUUUGAAGAACUGGCUAGCCUAAACAGCACAUUCAGGAGGAUUGAUACAUGUUCUCUUUCUGUAAUCCCUGAGGAGUCAAAAAGAUCAACUACGACAAACUCAACUUUAAGCGAUGAUGAUAACUUGGCCUUGGAGAACCUUGAGUUACACUUGUUUGAAAACAAUGGUGCUUCAAUGAAGACUUUUAGUACUGGUGUAAAGGCUUCCGGAUCGGAAAAGUCCAGCAGGAGGAACAUUCCAAGAAGGGGUCACACAUUGUCUCUUGAGUUGCCAACCAAAUUUGAAGCUUCUCAGAAUAAGAAGUCUCCUGUAGUAUCAGAACAACAUGGCGCUAGCAAUCAUCGGCUUCAGAACACUUCGCGAUGGGUUAAGGUUGUGAAGGGUUAUAUGGGAGUUACUGCUGGAAAGACAGUCUCAAAGCCAACUAGUGCUUUGUCUAAGUUGAAUCUGUCGACAAUGCCAGCAAAGACAACUAUUGCUCCUGGAAGCAUCCAAAUAAGAACUAGUGACUUCAGAGAAAAGCCAGGUAAUGUAGCAAUUCAAAACGCUGUUAUAUCUUUUAAGCAAUUACAUAAAGGCUCAUCCAGUGGAAUUUCCAAAUUCCAAGCAUCAAAAACUACUUCAAACUUGAUCAGCAAUUCAUCAGGCACUGCACAUUAUUCACUAUCGGAGAACACAAGGAUGAGAAGUAAUUCUAGGGUGAUUAAUAACCCUUCUUCUGAAUCAAUGGCUAAUAAGACAUCCUCAUCUAGAUCAAAUACUAAUCAAUCAUUCUCAAGGAGAAAUGGAGCUAGAACUGUCCACACAAGUGCAAAUAACUCCACAAUAUCUCGAGGUUUAUCUGUGGGCUUAUCUUUACCUACACCUUCAAGUAACUCCUGCUUCAUUGCCACUUCAGUAUCAUCUUCGUUGACCCUUUGUUCUGUUAAACCAGUAAUGAAUAGUAAUGAAGCUAAUUCUUCAACCCCAUCAGUAAUGGAUGUUGAUGCCAACGAAAUCCAUUCAGCAUGUUCUAAAUCAUCUUUUGCUUCUAUAGCCCAGGAUGAUGGUUAUCACAGAUCUCAUAUUUCUAAAGGUUUUAUUGAUAAUCACGUAAUGCCUAUACCUUUAAAAGGAAAUCAUUCAAAGAGUAGUUCUGGCAACAGAUCAGAAGCAAUAUCCAGCAAACCUUCAGGUCACAAUGUUGCACAUCCAAAACCUACUAACCCAGAUAUGAAGAAACCCGUCAACCACACCAUUGGAACUCUUUCACAGGCUAGCCAACAGCCCAAACUUCCGAAAGUCACUGGCAGAACAAAUAAGACUGCUGCAGUGAACAAAGCAAAACAGACCAUGUUUCAACAUGUCAGAUCUGCAACCAAUAACAAGAUCAUCAAUGGUCAUUCUCGAGUUGCUUCAUCGUGCUCUUCUAGUAUAGAGUCCCUACCAUUCAUCCAGUUCGAGUAUGGUGGCUCAAGUGACUGCUCUGGGCAGUCAAACUUAUGACAAACUAAGAAUUCUUUGCAGUUUCUUAAGAUGACAACCCAUUCAAGGUUUUCAAAUUCACAGAACAAAAUUACAUGUGUAGAUGAAUCAUUCCUGAUUCACCAAAAUUAAGGAAACAUGCAAUCACCAUUAAGAAGUAGGUACUUGCAGGAUGAUCAUACACAGCAAGGCAUCGCCAAUUCAGGAGGAGAUUGUUUCAGAGAUUCAUCAGUCUCAAAACCAUCAUCACAUCUUUGUUAUGACUUUCUGCUCUUUUCUGCAGUUUAAUUUUUAUUUUGUUUUGAUUGAUAUCAAUUAUCUUGAGGAAAUCCUUUCCAACCCUGGGUGUAAAAAGAUGAGAACAACAAUAAAUAUGUAGAAGAAUAUCCAUUUAUUUAGAAU